CAUGUGUGAGUGUGUGUGAGUGUGAGAGAGAAAAAGAGAGCUUGAAUGGGCGGAAGAGCGUAAGCCAGUGUUGUAAAGCACGCGCAGUGAGAUCAUAAACUGGGUACCCUCUAGCUGGACUGCUCCCACUUGCGGCCGGCAGGCACAAAUGUCAAAGUCUCAGAAGCAAAACAGAAUCGUUGCCAAGAAAGCUGAACAGAAUCCGAAAGUUUGUCAAAACGACAAAAUUAGCCCAUUUUCCACCACCGUGGAAAUACGCACAUCCAGCCCCCUAAUACAUAACAAGUUGGUGCUGGCGCCAGUUACUUAAUCCGCGAUACGGGAUGGAGUCCACAAAGGAAUACCUGCAGGCCAAGUACCAGGGCUUAUGUAACUACCUGGAACGGGACACAAUCGGCAGCGAGCUGGUCAUCUACGGCACGUCCGCCCUCAUGCUGGCGGUGGCCUACGUGAAGCGCAAGCCCGCCUACCUGGUCCGGCAGUUCAAACAGCCUUCCCACAUCCCCGAGCGUCUCAUUAACGAGCGCGUCAUGCACACAGGCCGGAUCUCUGGGGUGCAGCAGCGCGACCAGGACACGCUCCUUCUCAUCCAGCACCGGCCACUGAUUCCGCUGUUCACCAGCCGGAAGCGCCUGCUGCCGGUCAAGCUGCCGGGCGUUCGUGUCAAUGCCAACGGCUACUCCUGGCUGAACCAGUGCCUCGUCGGACGGGAGGCUACCUUCCUGCCGCUAAAGACCAGUAGCAAGGACUACGUCGUCUGCCAGCUGUGCCUGGUCCAUCCGCCCAAGGGCAACCGUCUCCUGGACGUCUCGGAGACCCUGCUCAAGCUGCGUUUUGCCCGCUUCGCCCAGGACGCUGCCGCAGCUGUGAAGCGCAAUGGGAAGUACUACCAGCACUUGCAGAAGGUGGAACGCACCACUGCCGAGAAGGAGGCAUGGCUGUCCUGGGCGGCCAGCUAUCCGUACAUCUGGCGGCGCUUCAAUGAGCUCAAGCAGCGCCUCCUGCCCAAGGAGAAGCUCCUCCCAGAGCUGGUUCGCUGAUACUCCAGCCGAUCUCCGAUCUCCGGGGUGCUAACUCAAAACGACUAACGACAAACGAUCCACAGUCCAGCUGUACGUGAUUUUGUGCCAAUUUGCACAAUUUGGCUUAAACGAACGCAAGCAUUUUUAUUCGAAAAAUAAACAAAAUGUUGUUUUUGGAUCACGGAUGACAUCACUCCGUCUUCUCUGCGUGUGUGUGUGUGCUGUGAGUGUGUGCGUGUGCUUGAGAGUUUUAGAAUAUAAUGUGGACACCGUUUCCCAAAUAAAACGAUAUAAUACCUAACUUUGAAUACGUAUUUUGAUUUUCACACAUCCCAUUUCGUUAUUUUCUGUUCCCCCGAACGAUUGCAGUUCUUUCUCCACCGUCCCACGAAUCUCAAC